CUUGAACACUCACGCUCAUUCUCUCCGAUGCUAAUAUUCAGCUGUUUUGCCAGGACCCACACUUAAUAUAAAAUAACCAGGCUGGCUUGAGGUCUGUGCAGAAGAUCUGAUGAGAAGACAAGAAACCAGAAGUUACGCAAGGAUUGGUGUCUACUGGACGCCUUACAACUUGCAGGGACUCUACAACGUGCAGGGAGGAAGACUUCAGAAUCAACUGUUGUCUCUUGACACGACUGGACUCGGCUUGACCUUCAGGCUCUGCAUACAUAAAGCACCAGGGAAAGAUGCUGCUCUGGACGGUCACGUGGUCAUUCUUCACCCUGCUCCCGACGGCCCAAGGGUCUUCUCACAGUCUGUGGGACUCGAAUUCCAACUUGCUCAUCCAUUCCCAUGGCUGCCAACCUCUAUGAGGUUCCACCAUAUCAAGGUGCAAGAGAAGACACAGGCAUUAACCACCUUUCACCUGUCAGAUGACAGUAAACUAACACAGGAUAACUCAACAAAAGCCAUAACUGGACUCUCAAGGAAGUCUGAUUUUGCCUUUCCAGGUGGAACAAACAUCUCCAUUUCGCCCGAACUGAUUUUCAAGGGGGACACGGUGACCAUGAGGUGUGAGUCGAAAUCAAAUUCGAACAACGUGACCUGGACUUUUGGGGACAGUCCCAUCUCCAACGGCAGCAGGCACUCCAUAACGAGUGCACAUUCAGAUGGAAAGUCAAUAUCAGUGCUGAAAAUCCGACACAUUCUGCCAAAUGAUUCUGGCGAUUAUAGUUGCGCUUUUCCUGAACGGGAUACCUCCAUACCCACCAUGCACAUAGCAAAGGGGAACAUCAGUGUCUCUUUAAUCCAAAUCGUGAAGUCCGAGGACAUUGUGAUGGUGUGUAAUGGCGAAAGGAGAGAGCUGAGCUGCUGUGUUGAUAUGGAAAUGAGUUUCUUUGAUGUUCACUGGAAACCGAACGGAGCCAUCAAUAUUUCAGGAACCAACUAUUCCACAUCCAACUGCACCCAAUACUUGCUACAGGCCAAUGAAUCUCAGUGCCCAGCAGACAAGUCAGGUACCACCACAACUUACACAUGUGAGCUGAGCACGGCAGAUGGUUCUCGCCAAAGUGAACACAUCUAUGUGAAGUAUUUGCGGAAAGCACGCGUGACCCUUGUCUCCAGCGCAAAUGGCCAAGUUUCUCAGGGGGACCAAUUCUCCAUGAGGUGCCGGAGUGAUGUGAGCAACUAUGACAAAGUCAGCUGGGAAAUCCAAAAUGGAAACCCUGUUCCGGAUAUCAACAGCAGGUGGUUCAGUACCACAAAGACCCCAAACGGAGCCGAGUCUGUGCUGGAUGUACCCAGGGCUACUCAGAACUGGACCGGCACCUAUACAUGCACCUUCUUCCAAGGGCCUCUGAACAGUUCUGCGUAUCUAGCAAUGAAAGUGAUUCCUCUGCCUCUGCAACAAAACAUCGUCCGAGAUCCCUUGGAAGCCACCAUCCCUUGCCCAGGGACCCAAGUGCUGAAGUGCUGCGUAGCCUCAGACCAAAUGGAGAAUUAUACUGUGACAUUUACAGUUGGAAACAGACCCUCUACUAUUCAGAGCGAGAAGCGAACAGAAGGCAACUUUGUCUGCUACGUCGGAACGCUCCAAUUCAACAGCUGUGACCAGACAGAACCAGCUUUUAAUGCAUUGUGUGAAUUCACAAACCAAAUUGGUGGACGUGUUCAGAGCUUACCUAUGCGCUUAAAACUUGUACCAAAAAAGACAAUCACGUGUAACUCCUCAGACAUUGGUGUUGGAGAGACCGGGGCAGUGGUUGUAAAACCUUGUCUGGGGACAAACAGCACCGUCCGAGGAAACCUCACUUACAGGUGUGAUCAUAUCUGGGUCCUUGGUCGAAACAGCUGUCUGUCUGUCCCAGUAAAUGAUCUUCUCCUUAAUGCUGAGUCUUUGGUGUCCAGCCCUGCACCUGUUCAGGCAUUGCCCAUGUAUCUGCAGACCUUGAACAACACUGUGAAGACCGAACAGCAAGAUAUAAGCAAUUCAUCAGCCAAUCUGGAAGCUGUGGUUGGCAUUUUGAAUAUGAUUUCAGUUAUACCUGUAGAUGCAGAGAAGGAAAUUGUGGAAAAUUUUUUAUCCACAGUCGAUACUGUCAUCAGCAGUCCAACGGACACUUGGAGCUCAGUCCAAAAUGGCAGCUCUCAAUUACUGAAUUCGGUAGAGCAAUUUUCAAACUCCCUCAUAGCUGUAAACAGCACCAUUCCUUCUGUCAACCUGGAGAACAUUCAGCUCAAAGGAGUUGUCCUGAAUGAAACCAAUAUUUCAGACUACUACGAGAAUUUUAUGUUCUCCAACCUCAGUGGUAAUGUGCUAAUCAACAAAACACAAAUUGAACAAGGGAAACUCUUUCAAUCCACCAUUGUCAGUGUGGCUUAUUCCAGUCUCAGCCGUAUUAUCCCACAGCACGAGCAGAGCGAAGAAUCAAUAAAUGGCUUGGUGAUCUCUACCGUAGUGAAGGCUAACCAAAGUGAGCCCUUCCAGAUCCAAAUGACAUUUGCAAAGAUGAACGAGUCGCUGAUAAAUCCUCGGUGCGUCUUUUGGAAUUUCAGUUUCUCAGGGGACCAAGGGGGCUGGGAUGACAUGGGUUGCAAAAGUGAAAAUAAUGGAGGAUGUCACCUUAAUUGACCCUUGACUUCAUUUUCUGUGCUGAUGUCUCCAGCUGGACGUGAAGAUCUUCGCGAAGACCACUGGUGGGCAUUGAGCUAUAUCACUUACAUAGGUGUGGGUACUUCCAUAUUGAGUCUGGUGGCCUGUAUUGUCAUUGAAGCUCUUGUAUGGAAAUCAGUGACUAAAACAAGAAUAUCCUACAUGCGCCAUGUUUGCAUACUGAACGUUGCGAUUUCUCUCCUGAUGGCGGAUAUCUGGUUCAUUGUGAUUGCGGCCAAGGAGGACAAAAUGGAUGAGAAGAUCUGCACGGCAGCUACAUUUUUCGUCCACUUAUUCUACCUUUGUGUGUUCUUCUGGAUGCUCUCCUUGAGCCUGAUGCUCUUCUACCAUUUGGUCUUCAUUUUUCACAACACAAGCAAAACUGUCAUGAAAACAGUCGCCUUCUGCUUGGGUUACGGCUGCCCUCUGGUUAUCUCAGCUAUCACCAUAGCCGUUACUUUACCACAGGACUCUUACACAAGAGGAGACGUCUGCUUCCUCAACUGGGACAAGAGCUAUGCUUUCUUAGCACUGGUUGUCCCUGCCCUGCUCGUUGUUGCUAUCAAUGCUGUGAUUACCGUUGUGGUCAUCUCAAAAAUACCGAUUCGUUCCAUUGGGGAAAGGUCAAGAAAUGAUGAAAGGAGCUCGAUCUAUCGGAUCACCAAGAGUAUUGGCGUUCUGACCCCACUCUUAGGACUCACCUGGGGCCUGGGCUUUGCUACGGUCUUCAAGGAUAGCUCAAUAGUGUUCCAUAUUUUAUUUAACCUUUUCAAUGCCUUUCAGGGAUUAUUCAUUCUGUUGUUUGGCAUUCUCUGGGACAGAAAGGUACGAGAAGCCCUAGUGAAUAAGUACUCGCUGACCAGAUGGAGUUCACAGAGCUCAAAGUCAUCCCAGGGUCUCUCGGCUCCCAUGCUCUCCAUCAGUUCUCCCUUCUCCAAAGCAUUUAACAACUUGUUUGGCAAAGCAGGAAAAUAUCAAGUCUCUUCCACAGAAUCACCCUCUUUAUCUUCUGAAAACACCUCCAAAGCGUAUUCUUUGCUGACCUGAUUACGGGGCACUUGCCUUUCUGACAGGCCUCAGGGUGUUGCUUCCCUCCAGAUAAAGCAAUCAGGAAGAAUCGAUGAAUAAUGGAAAUUUUGCCUGUGCCUCUGUUGCAACGUAUUAAAUGCAGCACGUUAUCUCUCCGGUGCACCAUGUGACACGGGGGCAGUGAAUGUUAAGACCAUCUUUGGGCAAGAAGCCUGUCAGCAGGGUGGGCUCUGGCGUGGCCAAAUGCUGGAGGCCUUCCUGCCCCAGGGCACUGGCGAGUCCCCCUAUCCCUGAGGUCAUUUUGGCCUCAAUCUAGUUGCAGUUGCAGGUUGCACAUAACAAGGGGUGGCUGCAGAUGGUGGCCUCGUUUCCCCAGCUGCACCAAAGAUGCAUCCCAGUGUUCAGCGGGUUCAAGUAAGCAUCACCUUGUGAGAGGGGUGGUGCACCUACCACAAUUGUGCAUGUGGCCAUGUAUACAGGAGGCAGUUCACGCCCAUGGCUCUCUCUUGCUGCCCCAGAGCUUUGGGGAGGAUCCCCCCCACCCGACACAUUGUUUAAAGGAACUCUUCUAGGGUCUCGCUUUCAACCUUUCUAAACUGUCUCUGAUACAGAAAGAAGCACUUUGUUUUUGUACUAUAGAAGAGUGACCAGCUAUACAGAUAUGAAGGGAACCUCUUUUUCUGUAUACAUGUAAAUAUAUGUAUUUAUGACGAUAUUCAAUAAAAGCUGCUUGCACAAGGCUUAAAA